UGAACACACAAAAAAAUCAUAACAGAAGAAGAUUUCGGGAAUAAAGCGGCGAAAGCGAAAACCAGAGGAUCUAGGGUUUCCUUGGAUCUCUCAUCUCCAUAUCCAUCGAUACACAUAUACACAUAUAUUUAUGUCGUUGGUUAUCCUUUGUGUCUCCGUCCGUUCUGAUCGUGUUAAAAUUGGACCAAAUUAGAUCUUUUAAGUAAUGCUAUGAACUAGGGUAUCGAAUUUGGAUUGAUCGAUUAGAAUAACGUGUCUUUUGAUAGUCGAAUCUGUAUUUGUAAAUAUGCGAGGAUUGCCGCAAUCAAAAAAGGUUUCCUGGGCUUCAGAUGUAAACCUUUGUCAGGUUGUAGUCAUGGAUGUUUGGUGGCAUUGUCCCCCAUCUCUUUCAAUCCUCCUUGAUACAGCUCCUCUGGUGCUGGAGAAUGACAUUUCAUUUGGUAGAGGAUGAAGGAGGGGGCAUGUGCUUAUUCAAGUUUUAAGAAAUCAGACUCCCUUUCCUGUAUAUGUAUAUUUUUACUUUUCUUUUGUCGUGUGGAGGUGGAAGGAUGGAGUCUAUUGCUUACUUUGUUUGACCAAGCUCUCAUCAACUGGUUGAGGGAGGGUGUAAAAUGUAAAGCUGUUUCUAUCAGAGGAAUCCCCUUCAGAAGUUGGAUUGGGAGCUCAAGAUCACCUUCAAGCAAAAGCAUCAUGGCCACACCAGUCAACCGGAAUGGGCUUUGGUGACAAUUUGCCACCUGGCUUUGAAGGAGCUCAUCCUGCAAACCUGUUGAAGAAUAAGUUGUCCCAAAUUCCUGUUAUCAGAUGGAAAUGUCCUCCCAGGUUUGUGUUGAAUUUUACAUGGCAAGUGGUUGCUGGGGAAGAAAGCAAAGAAGUGGAGGUUCAAAAUCAUCGGGAAAUGAGAUUGCUUGAAGCAGUUUAUCCACGUGCAUCUGCCAUUCCUCCAAACCCCUCACUGUUAAUGGGCAUAGAAGACUCCCAUCAGAACGAUCAGGACACUCCUCUGGUCCCCAUCACUCCCAUUGAAGAUGAAGAAGCAGCAGCAGAUGCAUCAGUUGGUUCUGUGGCACCUAGCACUGUUGCCAUGAUAUCACAUCCCCCGUAUUCAGCCCCUGAAAUUCUUCCUGCAUCUCAGUGCAGCAUCAAUUAUCCAAACCCUUCAGCCAACGGGAACCCAUCAGCUGGAAUGGUCAUCGGGAUGGAACCUAAUAUUGCAGCGUCUGCAUAUGCUGCCAUGGCAGCCAAUGAUGAAAGGAGCUUCAUUGACCGUGACUUGCUCAUCCAAAUUCUCAGUAACCAAAAUUUGAUUGAGAAAUUGGUUACGGACCAUGGACCGGCGACCAAACUGCAAACAAUACAAAAUCCAAGUUCAGCUGGGAUAAUUUUAUCCGACCCACCAUCUGUUCAUGUCAGUAGGACAGAAGCCGGUGCACCUUCGUUAGCAGUUACUCCAAGUGCUCCCUUCUAUCCUCCGUUAAAUAGGGCGGGACCUGUUUCUAAUCCCCAACCUCCACCUGAGAUUGUUCCCCUUCCCUCUCCUCCUGCAGGAGCUCAUGUGGCCAAGGACAUCAACUAUUAUAAGAGCUUGAUUCAGCAACAUGGUGGAGAAAAACAAGAUAUCCUUCCACAAUCUGGCGGCCGUCACAACCAGUUACUACCCAGCCCAGAAUCAAUAAAUAACCCUAAACCAAGGGAUUUAAAACCCAAGAUAAUGAAACCUUGCAUCUAUUUCAACAGUUCAAGGGGAUGCAGGCACGGAGCCAACUGCUCAUAUCAGCACGAUGUGUCAUCGGCCCCACAGCGGGUCAGUGGCAUGCCAGAGGUGCAAAGUGCGAAGAGAAUGAAAGUGGAUAGAGAGAUUGCAGGUACGUAGCCGAGCAGUUGGCAUCACGCUGUGUAUAUUUUUGAAGAGGAAUUGCUAAUUUGGCUUCCGCAGCCUUCAUACUCCUCCUCUGGUCUGCUUUUGCCGAAAAUAGGAUCAAAUUCUAUUUAUUUGUUUUUCCUGUGUGUUGAACCUUUCUUUGAUACUCAAAUUAUCGAUGAGAGCUUCGGUAAUCACUCAGCGGUUACCGGGUUUUAGUUAAUAUAGCUCCCAAAAUUUUCCUGUUCCUCCAA